AUGAUCCGGGAAGCCCUCUCAAACAACUUUCCUGCCGGGGAGUGGUUGAUAGAUGAUUUCGAUUAUUUGGGAUCCCACAUCAAAGUCGACGACCAGGGUGUCUUCUUUUCUCUGGAAGCAUGUGCCAGCAGCCUUUUGGUUGAAGUUCCGAUCAGCUCUGACCAGAAAAACGAGGAUCCUGUAGUGGAAGAACUAUGCAUACCUCAGCUGGUUGAGCUCCCAUUCCAGACCAUCAUCACUGGCAGGCAGAAGUUUGACCUUGAAAAGGUCAAUGACAGACCACCACUCUUCUGGGCCCAGGACGUAUCCAACAACCUCUGGUCCCUGGUUCAGCUGCGCAGCGACGCCCCGGCGGAGCAGCUUUGCUCCGAAGCCGUGGUGGGCCAAUUGCGCCGCACCGUGAGCUCCAUGAAUCCUCAAGAGCUGACGAACAGCAUCUGGUCUUUGUCGCAGCUGAAGGAGUCAGCCUCCACGGCGAAGGCCCACCGAGCUUUGGUGGCCCUGGCCAACCGCCUUGCACAAAAGCCCGGCAGAAUGAUCCCCCAGGCACUGGCCAACUGUCUCUGGGCCUGUGCGGAGCUCCAGGAUGCCCUUCCCAACACCACGAGCGCUGCAAGCGUACGACGCGCCAUCCGGGAGGCUGUGCCUCCCUUGGCCUCCCGUGCAGCUGCUGCAGCUGGGAAGAUGAGGCCGCAGGAGCUGAGCAACUGCCUCUGGGCGGCCGCGCGGAUGCAACAGAGAGUUCCGGAAGUUCUGGUGCCAGUGAGGGCCGUGGCUGAGAACAUCGCGCAACUUGCAAGUGAGAUGAAGGAACAGGAGUUGAUCAACAGCCUCUGGGCAGCUACGUGCUUGGCGGACACGGUGCCAGAAGUGCGUCGAGCCGUGCCGGCCAUAUCGCAGUAUUUGCCGCCGAAGGCCAUUCAACUGAUCUCCGAAAGCAGAGAGAGCAGAGCACUUGGGGUAUGA